UUCUAACCAAGCACAAACUAGAGCUAAUAGGCAAAAGAAAAGUGAUAGAGAAUUAACUCUAUAGUAACAACUUGGUUGCUAAUCAAGACAACUUGAAAGCAAAGAUGCAGAGGAGUUCUGGUUUCUAUGCUGCAAGCCCUUUCGCCACUCCCAGGGUGGUGGAAGCUGCAGCGGUGAAGCAGGAGCAAGGCGUCAGUAUCAAGCAAGAGGCUGCGGCGCCGGCGGCCCUCAAACCUGCUGCUGCUGCGGUGAGCCGCAUCAAGCAAGAAGAGGUGGCUAGGAAAGUUUCGCCCUUGGCUCCGGUGUACACUCGUUGCAUCGGUGGUUGAUGUCACGGCGACGAUGGUUGUGGAAGCUGCGGCGCCGGCGGCCCUCAUAAAUAAAGUGUUUAGUUUUUGAAUCUGCUCUUUGUUUGGUUGAUUAGUUUUUGAAGCUGGAGGAAGGAAUUAUCAUGUUAUAGUUUACAUAAAUGUCAUAAAUAAAGUGUUUAGUUUUUGAAUCUGCUCUUUGUUUGGUUGAUUAGUUCGUUGGCCUGGUUUGGUGUUACUUUUGAACGAGGAUAUGAAUAAAGUCUUUAAAUUUCCCAAUUUUUCUUGGCAGAUUUGUUCAGUUUAAAAAAACUGAACAAAUAAGUGCGAUGUUGAAUUCUCACACAAUUUGAUUAUUUGAAAACAAUCUCAAUUCUUACAUUAUGAAUAGGCAAGUCAAAUAUGAGGUUUUAAGUGUUAAUUAAUAUAUAUAAAGUUGAAGUGAUACCUAAUAAUUUAUAAUUUGAUACCCCAAAUUUAAUUAAAUCAUAACUUAUUCACUAUAAUGUACAUUUUACAUUUUGAUACCCAAAAUUUAAUUUUAAUAUAAAAUAAUUGGAAAUUUAUAUUUUGAUAUCUAAAUUUUAUGAGAUAUUUAUACCUAUAGUUUUUAAAAUUUACAUAUGGUUCAAUGUUUAGAUUUCUUUUGAAUCCAUGAAUCCAAUCCACCAAUUCUUUUGAACCAAUCCAUGAAUCCAAUCUACCAAUUCUUUUGAUGAAACAAUACAUUUUUAAUACCUAAAAAUUUAGUGUAUUACAUUUUGGUACCUAUACUUUUGAAGUUCUGAGGUCUAAUUUUUGUAUGUGUAAUUAAAACACUCUCGAAUAAAUGGGUAUCCAUACCCAACUCAUACAAAAUUAGAUUAUGCAAGUAAAUAUUCAUACCCUACCCAAACCCAUCUACAAACUUUCAAACUCAUAUAUACGUCACACAUACCCUACCCAUAAUAAUCAAUGGGUCUACUUGAGUUUUGAUAAAUAUCAUUUACUAGCCAAAAUUUUUAAAAAUCUUUAAAUUGGAUGUUGACCGCCAUAUAUGUAUCCUUAGUCGAUAUCAUAUUGUCAAAUCAAUAUUACUAACAAAACUGCUAACAAAAAAUUAAUUUUAUCCUAAUAAUACUAAUAAAAGAUCAUAACGGGCCACAUAAUACAUGCAAAUAGGCCAUCUCCGCCCGUGACAAGACGCGACAUCACUACCUAGUUAAUAUAUAUAUAAACCUUAAGUACGGUUACUGUUGCAUAAACAAUAAUAUUUUGUUACCCCAAAUUUAUUUAAGUUACAACUUAGUCACUAUAAUGUAGAUUUUACAUUUUGAUACCCCAAAUUUAAUUUUAAUGUAAAAUUAUUGAACACUUAUGUUUUGGUAUCUAAAUUUUAUGAUAUUUUCGUACCUACAAUUUUUUAAAUUUACAUAUUGGUCCAAUGUUUAGAUUUCACUUGAAUCCAAUCCACCAAUCCUUUCCAUCACUACUUCCUCUUCGUUUCAUUUUUCACUCGCCUUCCAUAACCCUAAUCAUUAUACUAUUUUUACGUAUUCUAAUGACAAGUAUGAACGGGUCCGCACACGACUCACCAACAGUCUAGAGAAUUAAUAAUUGAAGCAUGAACCACUAACUUUUUCAGCUCAAUGUCGAGUCCAAUUACAAAUAAAUAUAUAUGGUUAUUACUUAUUAGAAAGUUGUCAUUUCCCCUACGGGAUUUGAAGGCAUGAAAUUUUAAGCGCGUUCCAUUUUGUAUUCCUUUUGCUUCUCUCUAGAGUUUUUCUUUUUCACCGGGGCUAAUUUUCAACAAUUAUACAUGGAAUGCUUGGCUAGGUAUAUAUACAUAUCAAAUAAAUAGUUUUCAUUUUUCUAUAAAGGAAAUGUAAAUAAUUGUCAUCUUAAAUACAUCACUAUAAAAGGAAGUAAGCCUCAACUAUGCAAAUUACAGUUCGGUACCUAAACUUAAUAAAUCUUUAGAUUUAUA